CUAAGCUAACUACUCUUGUUGUGAACUGAGCUGAAACCGUCACUAGAUUUGUACGAAAGCUAGGAGACAUGAAGAAUGAAGAGGGACUUGUACCGGUAGCUAUUGUAGCUCCAAAUCUACCGGUACACGCACGCGCGCACGCGCGCACGCUUGCAAUGCGCUUAUCCAACGCUUGCUUGCUUGCUUUGCUUGCUUGGUCCUUUUUUUUUUCUUUUCUCUUGAAAUUCUGCUGAGCUGAGCUUGGGCUUGUAUU